UUUCUUUCUCCUCAUUCACGAUCUGAUUUAUUUUACGGUUUAUUUCCCCUUUCUUUUUCUCUCUCUAGACUUACAUCAAACAGCUCUCUCCUCUCAUAAAUUUGGGUGCAAAUUCCUUCAAGAAAUAAAGAGAAGAGACGAGUUGACAUUUUGAGAAAUUCGACAAUGUCGUUAUUGUCGGCAAUCAGCGAGGAACUCGGCGAGAUUGAUGGACAAAUCAAUGACAUUUUCGUGCAUUAUCGUGUGUCAUUGAAGUCUGUAAUGGCGUGACCUUUCUUGACCUUAUAGUCAUGCAAAUUGAGAACCUUAACAACAAGAAUGGAUCCAAAGUGCCUUUGGUUCUAAUGAACUCAUUCAACACACAUGAUGAUACACUAAAGGAAUGCUCGCUGAACCAAGUAAAUGAAAUGAUGCUUCAUUGUGAUCAAGCCCUGCAACAUGUACAUUGGAACGCUAUAUUUGAGAUGCUGCAUAUGGGAAUUGUAGACAACAAUUUAAGGUUCCGGCCCCGCAUCCUCAUUGAUGUAAGUCAUAUAGACAUUACGACAACUGUCUUGGGUUUCAAGAUUCCCAUGACAAUCAUGAUUGCUCCUUCAGCUAUGCAAAAAAUGGCUCACCCCGAAGGAGAAUCUGCAACAGCGAGGCAGCGAGGGCAGCAUCUGCUGCUGGCACAAUUAUGGCAUUGUCUACAAUGGCCACAUCUAGCGUUGAACCUGGAAUUCGAUUUUUCUAGCUUUAUGUGAGUAGUACAAAAGAAAUUGUAAUUUAGUAACUCCAGCAUUUUUCCAGCUUGCUGAUUUAAUGAAUAAUUAAACAAAUGUUUGCUAAUUCCAAUUUUAAAUACGUU